AUGGACCUCGUGGGCGUGGACGACGAGAAGGCGGAGAAGACGCUGAUCCGCGCGUUCGGGUGGGGCGCGCAGAGCUACUGGCGCAACGAGAAGACGGAGGAGAUCCCGGACGCGGACGCGGUCGAGGCGCGCAUCGCGUACCUCGUCGAGAUCGGCAUCGCGGAGGACAAGGUGGCGGAGAUCCUGACCAAGGUGCCCGAGGUGCUCGGGUGCGACGUCGCGGAGCGCCUCGAGCCCAACGUGGCGCACAUCGAGAAGAACUACUUCAUGAAGCGCGGGACGAAAAACUUCGCGAACUACAUCUUGAGGGUGCCGCAGGUGCUGGGGAACAACCUCGACUGCGUCGGCGACUGCGCGGGCGAGUGCAACCGCUGUUGGGCGAGGUGCUGA